CAGGCGCCCCUGCCGCUUUCCUUUUAAAACUUUUAUUUUUGCUCCACGCUGAACUUAAAUGCAACUACAGAGCAAUCUGCAGCUGCUCCUGCUUAAGCUGAUGGGUGUUUUGUGCUUUAGCGGUUUCUCAGCCCGAGGCCUGCUCACCUGGGGCUGCUAGAAGGCUCUUGCUUUGCAGAUGGCCCCAGUCACCUACUGGGUGGAAAGCUGUAAUUCAAGGAUCGGUGUGAUCUGUCACCACCAUCAAGCAAUCCCACCGACUUAGGAGCCUCUGCUGACAACCCGUUCACAUUUUUAAAGAUAAAACCACCUAUACUCAUUCACUCUGUUCAGCCAUAGUUCAAAGGCGACUUUCAGUCUUUAUAAAAGGAAGUGGCAACUGCCCCUGGAUUUCAGGCUCCAACAACCUCCCUCUGUCAAGAAUGUGGCACCUCAAACUCUUUGCAGUGCUCAUGAUCUGCUUGCUGCUGCUGGACCAGGUGGGUGGCUCCCCCAUACUGGAACUGAGUUCAUCAAGGAGAAGGCCACGGAGAAUGACCCCGUUCUGGAGAGGGGUUUCCCUCAGGCCCAUCGGAUCCUCUUGCCGAGACGAUUCCGAGUGUAUCACGAGGCUGUGCAGAAAAAGACGCUGUUCCCUCAGUGUGGCCCAGGAAUGAUGUACACACCAGGGGAGAAGAGGACAGCACUCACCUCCAUCAAUGCUCCGUUCUAUGGAAUAUUGAUUAACUGCAUUUUGGCUGGAGACACUUACGUGAAGCAGUCUUGUGUUUUUAAUAUUUAAAGACAGAUACAUGCUUUAAACUGGUCUCCGUUUCUUCUUAGAAUGUUAUGUCGA